GGACAGAUGGGCCGGGUCGCCCAAGAGUUGCUCGCCUCUUUCUUUGCACAGCUCCCCCACGUUCCCUUCAACUAUUUCUACCAACUGUCUCUCCUUCGUUGCUUCUCCACUCGCCCUCACCAUACUACAAGCCUCUUUACGAACUUUUACUCUUCUCUAAUCCGUUGCGACGAUGUUCCGCCUCUCCGCUGCUGUUGCCUUGCUCGCCCUCGCUGCUUCUUCGGCAGCCUACUCCAUCUCCCGUCCUGAGGACGGUGCCAUCUGGGACCCGAGUCAGCCCCAGAUCAUUGCUUGGAGCAAGGUCAACACCGACCCUCAGACUUUUGCGAUCACUCUCGUCCACCAGGCGUCGCAGCCCAACACGCGUCAAUUGCUUGAGGAUUCCGUUGACGGUGGUCAGGGUUCUAUUACUGUGAACCCACCCAGCGGCGGAUGGCCUUCUGGUACCGCGUACCAGAUCAACUUCGUUCAGGACAGCAACCACCUCGACUCCAUCCUUGCUCAGUCCCAACAGUUCGACAUUAAGGCCAGUACCGGCUCUUCCGGGUCGAGCAGCAGCUCUUCGUCCUCAUCGAGCUCUGUCAGCGUCUCCAGCUCCUCGAGCUCUCGCACCGUAAGCUCUUCCGGCACUACUCCUACAUCUCUGACUAACUCUCAAACGACUGGCUCCGGCACUGGCUCUGGUUCCGCUGCUGAUCUUAACCCUUCCACCACCGAUACCACUGAUGCGCCUUCAAACACCAAUGCUGCAUCUACUCUCGGUGUCCAGGCUGGCGUGUUUGGCUUCGUCGCCAUGGGAGCGUGUGCCUUGGGGUAGUAAUCUUCCACUGUGGACCCUUUGUCUGGUUGAUUAAUGGACUACAUUUUCCGUAGCGUACAAUCCACAGCCCUUCGUUUACCUUACAGUAGAUAUGUCGAUAACUAUCGGUGACAGUCUGGUAUUUUUUCUACUCAUGGAUACUGCUGUACUAUCGUAUGUAUGUACAAUAGCUCGGCACACCUCGUAGGAAGUACUAUGGCUAUAUGGCGUUUGUCUCAAAAAACACAUUAUCCGUUUGCGUC